CUUGGUUGGAAGAGAGCAAAAUAGAAUCCGCAUAUUAUACGAUCAUCUCUAAACAAAAGAUGAUUAGCGGCGGAGUUUCUCGUCCGGGUUUCACAUCCCACCAUCACCACCAAAAGGACGCCCUUUUUUCUUAGUCAUUUGACUUGCAGCCACCAAGUUGUCGCAUUUCUUCCCACUCCGGUUCUCAUCUGCUGCUCCACGCCGAUCCAACUCGGAGUCCCCACUCCCUCGAAUCGCAGCUGCUGCAGCGGAGCACCAGGGUCUUGCCUCGAUUUGCGGCGAAAGCACGCCGUUUUUCUGGUGGUUUGUAGCGCCGAGCGGUUCUUGAUUCCGGCGCUGGUUUUGGUGCUAUUGAGGAGGAGGUGGGGGUUUUCUUUCGAUUGGAGGGGUAAAAGUUGCCGCCUUUCUUGCAUUCCACUCUGUUCUUGGACCGGAUUUCUUCUCCCUGCACGAACUCGAGCUCGAGCUCGGCUCGGGCUUCUCCAACCUCCAACGCGUAGUCCCGUCUAGUUUUCUUACAUACAGGUGGCAUUUUAGUGCUUGCUUCUUUCAAGAACUGCAGCGUCUUGAUUACUGCUUUACCUCUUUGCGGAUGGAUGGAUGCGAUUGUAUUGAGCCACUUUGGCAGGCCGAUGAUCUCUUAAUGAAGUACCAGUACAUAUCUGACUUCUUUAUCGCACUUGCAUACUUCUCGAUCCCUUUGGAGCUGAUAUACUUUGUUCAGAAGUCAGCUUUCUUCCCCUACCGAUGGGUACUCAUACAGUUUGGUGCGUUCAUCGUUCUGUGUGGGGCAACCCACCUUAUAAACAUGUGGACUUUCACUACGCAUACCAAGACCAUAGCUGUGGUGCUGACAGUGGCAAAAGUGGCGACAGCCGUUGUGUCAUGCAUAACAGCUCUGAUGCUUGUUCAUAUAAUCCCUGAUCUGCUGAGCGUGAAAUUGAGGGAGAGGUUCCUGAAAGCGAAGGCCGAGGAGCUUGAUAGGGAGAUGGGGAUAAUAAGGACACAAGAGGAGACGGGAAGACAUGUGCACAUGCUCACGCACGAGAUAAGAAGCACACUUGACAGGCAUACUAUUCUGAGAACUACACUUGUUGAAAUGAGAAGAACUCUUGGUUUAGCAGAGUGUGCUGUGUGGAUGCCAUCACGCUCUGGAACAACCCUUCAGCUCUCACAUGCACUCCAUACCAAUGCUCCGCUUGGAUCAGUUGUUCCUAUCAAUCUUCCGAUUGUAGCUACCAUUUUUAAUAGUAAUCGUGCUGAGAGAAUACCACAUACUUCCCCAUUAGCUUCAGUAAAGGCUCAGAAAAGCAAGUACGUCCCACCAGAGGUUGUUGCUGUCCGUGUUCCGCUGCUGCAGCUUACAAAUUUUCAAAUAAAUGGUUGGCCCGAGCUAUCUGCAAAAGCCUUUGCAGUGUUGGUUUUGAUGCUUCCUCCAGACAGUGCACGAAAAUGGCGACCCCAUGAACUGGAGCUUGUUGAAGUUGUUGCUGACCAGGUGGCAGUUGCACUGUCCCAUGCUGCCAUUUUGGAAGAGUCCAUGCAAGCCCGUGAUCUGCUAUUGGAGCAGAAUAUUGCUCUGGACGCAGCACGCCGAGAGGCAGAAAUGGCUAUAUGUGCUCGGAAUGAUUUUCUUGCUGUCAUGAAUCAUGAAAUGCGGACUCCUAUGCGGGCAAUCAUUUCUUUAUCAUCCCUCCUGUUAGAAACAAAACUUACUGCAGAACAGCGGGUGAUGAUUGAGACUAUACUGAAGAGUAGCGAUCUUCUAGAAACUCUUUCAAAUGAUGUUUUGGAUAUAUCCAAGCUUGGAGACGGCAGCCUUGAGCUGGAAAUUGCACCUUUUAAUCUACAUGCCACCUUUACAGAUGUGGUUGAUUUAAUUAAACCAGUAGCUGCAUUAAAAAGGCUAUCGGUAAUGGUUCAUUUGGCUCCAGAAUUGCCCACCUGCGCAAUUGGUGAUCGGAAGAGGUUGAUGCAGAUAAUACUAAAUGUUGCUGGGAACUCCGUUAAGUUUACAAAGGAGGGUCAUAUUUCAGUUUCAGCAUCUAUCGCUAGGCCGGAUUCUCUGAGGGACCCAUACGCUCUUGACUUGCAUCCAGUUCUCUCCGAUGGGUCUUUUUACUUGGCUGUGCAGGUAAAAGACACCGGCUGUGGAAUCAGCCCACAAGAUAUGCCUCACACCUUCACAAGAUUUGCACACCAGCAAAAUGCUACAAACAAAUUGCGUAGUGGCAACGGAUUGGGUCUGGCCCUUUCCAGAAGAUUUGUUGCCCUUAUGCAAGGGAACAUCUGGCUGGAAAGCGAAGGCGUAGGGAAGGGCUGUACCGCAACGUUCUUUGUGAAGCUAGGACUAUCUGAUGCAAAUCUCCGGAGGAUGGUGCCUCCUGUCCAGCCAAAACAUGGAAAUGCAGAUCCAGAUGUAUCAUCAAUAAUCAACGGCGACAUGGCGAUUCUUCCGCGUUGUUACCAGUCGAUGAUAUGACAAGGAACUGCAGGAGGAGCCUGAUCUUGUGAUAUCAUGAUUUGAAGGUGGAUUCACGGGGUUAAGGAUGCUGUGUGUAGAGAUUGCUCUCCCCGUUUUUUUUUUUUUUUUUUUUUUGCAGAGCCGUCGCGCUCUAGGCAAGCAGGUGCGAGUGCGAUCGGGCGAAUCCAAAAUAGCGGGACGCCUCUACUAGGGAAUUAACAGCGCAGGGAGAGCGGUGCGGUGUUUUAAGAAAUUAUAAGUUGUGAGAUGAGUGGCGUGUUUGUUAGACGUCAUUUAGGGUUUUCUAGUGUUGUACUAGUAUAGUCUUGGUAGAGAGAAGCAGAAAGAAGCUGAUCUGUACACGAGGCAAAUGAAAUGCUGAUGACUACUUAUAAGGCUUCUACUGUUUGUACAGUAUUUUUUUUGUCUACAUAAAUUGCAACAGUAUAGUAUUUUUGUCUCUAUGAAUUGAA